AUGAGCUCGAAUAGGAAGGUUAAGCAAGUAAUCGGGCAAUCAUCCCUAUCUAGUUUGCAAAAUCACAAGGUACAAUCAGUUCAAGAAGCUGCAGCUACAUCAAAUCCAGUAAAAUCAGGCGGAAAGAAAUCAUUACACGGCGAAAACGCUAUAGAAAAGCUUUUCGAUGAAAUUAUGGAAGGCAUACAGGAUAAACCACCGAAUACAGUCCUAGAAGACAUAUUGCAUCAAGUCUUUGAUACAUCACAAACAAUAUUAUGGACAUACCUUCCAAAUAUCAAUGCAUUAUACUCACCAACAUUUUCAGUAACAGUUCCUCUUACACAAUCCUUCUUAUUAACAGGUCUAAGAUCGCGUGUUCCAAUAGCAGUUCAUAACCAGUCACAACAUCCAUCAUUUGUCUUAGCUGUUGAUACAAAAGUCUUACCACCAAACUCCCCUGUUAUGAUGAUCCCAAUUAUGUCAAGAGAUUUCGCUCCAAUCGCUGUAAUUCAAUUAACAAGGAGAAAUGAGAAUCCUUUCUCAACAAUAGACUUGCAAAACGCUACAAAACUCACAAAGAAGUUCACUAACUACAGUUCUUUCAUUUUCGAUAGUCCACAAAUCUUAAAAUCUUCAUAUUCUUGUGUUCAAAUCGAAUCAUUGCAAAAUACAAUCAACAACAUUUGCGCAGCAGUUACAAAGCUCAUGAGAUGCAGAAAAGCUGAAAUCUGGCUCUUCAGACGCAGAAAGAAUAUUUUCUUAAAAUUUGAUACGAUAUCAGCCGAAGAAAUCCCUGUUUCCGAAGCCAAAACAGGUAUUGCAGGCUAUGUACUCACUACAUGUUCCACAGUAAGUGAAAGAAACGUCUGUGAUAACGCAAAUUACAAUCCAACGUCGGAUGGCUUCUAUCCUGAAGCCUUUCUCGGAGUUCCUUUCGUAGAGAAGACUAAGCGUGUCUGGUGCGUUGUUUGCCGUGGAAGAUCUUCUCCUCCUUAUUUCACACCGAACGAUACGGCCAAAUUAACCGCCAUUUCAUCGUUCGUUGUCCAGUCAGUUUCAUCGGCGUUUCUCCCUGAAAAAGUCGAUAGCCAGAAACAAAAUUUCCAAGAAAGACUACAUGCUUUGUUGGAAGUCGCUGAAGCUCUUUCAGGAAUAUUGGUUAUUGACCAACUAAUACCUAUGAUCAUGGAAAAGAGCUGUUCCCUCUUAAAUGCCGAGAGAUGCAGUUUAUUCUUGGUUGAUGUAGUCAAGAAAGAGCUGAAAACCUUCUUCCAUGGUGGUUUGGCCAAUGCUAUUAGAAUUCCUCUCACAAGCGGUAUCGCAGGUAAGACAGCAACCACUGGAGAAACAAUUAAUAUCCAAGAUGCCUACAACGACGUCAAUUUCGAUCGUUCCAUCGAUGCAAAAACCGGAUACAGGACAAAAUCAAUUUUGGCAACACCUAUUUAUAACAACAGAGGUGAAAUUAUCGGUGUUACAGAAAUGAUCAACAAAUGCAACGAUGGAAUCUUUGAUGAAGAGGAUAUUAGACUUCUUAUAGGCUUCAACGUCUUCUGCGGUAUUUCUCUUGAUAACGCGAAGCUUUAUGAGGCUUCAUUAAACUUGGCCAGACAAGUUCGCAGCUUUGUUGACAUUUCAACAUCAUUAAACCAGUCCAAUGCACUCAGAAACACAUUAACGGAUAUUCUUACUAACGCAAUGGCCGCAAUUAACGGAACAGGAGCCACAUUGUACAGGGUUGAUAAAGAAAAAGCAAUUAUCGAACUUGUACAUGUCGGUGGACCAGCCAAAUACGGUGAAUUGUUCGCAAAAGAGGUCGCUGACCUUGGCCAACCAAAGAUUUACACUGCAGACCAAAUUGCUGAGAAACUACAAUCAUUAAACCUUCAAAAUGCCGUUGAAGAGAUGCUCGGAAACACCGAGGCCGCAGCCAAACUCGAGAACCAAGCAAGUAGAGUAAGAAGAUCUGUCUUAUUCGGCAGUGAUUCGGCCAUUUGUGAACAAAUUUGCUGUUUGCCAUUGAUAAACAGUGAAGGCGAAGUCAUUGGCGUAAUGUUGUUGAUGUCAAUACAAAGAAUGAUGAACGAGGACAUGAGUUUACUCGAUUGUUUCGCAAUUUUCGCAGCAGUUUCUUUGGAAAGAUCCGAAUUGAAAGAUAUCGCGAAACUCGGUUCAAUUGAGUUCGAACUCAAAGAAUGGGUAGCGGACAAUGAAAGAGAACUGACGAACCAAAUCCCUGUCAAGCUCCAAUUACCUAUUGAAGAGUCUUCGAAGCUUUGGAUUGUAAGUUUCGAUGCUCCGAAAUGGGCAGGAAUUGGUUUCUUCAAAGAAGUUUUCGCAAUUUUCGCAAGGUUCAAAUUCCAAGAAAACUACGGAAUAUCGAACGAAAAACUCUUCAGAUUCCUCUGCGAACUAAGAGAUACAUACAACAAAGUUCCUUACCACAAUUGGAGACAUGCUUGCGAUGUUACUCAGUUUGUAACUUACGAAAUCAUUUUGAGUGGCGCAGAAAAAAUUUUGUCGAACAUGGAAUUGUUCGCUUUGAUUGUUGCCGCUUUGUGCCAUGAUGCAAAUCACGAUGGUUUCACAAACGUCUUCAAUGAAAAAGCAGAAACUCCUUUAGGUAUUUUGUUCAAGAACCAGUCAGUCAUGGAAACUCAUCAUUGCGAAGUUGCCAUUGGAAUUAUUUCUAAAGAAGAAACGAAUUUGUUCGCGAAAUUGAAGUCACAAGAUUUCAAAUUCAUGUGGACAACAAUCAUCGAAUUGAUAUUGGCUACAGAUAUGUCUAAACACUUCACGUUAUUGAAGGAAUUCAAGGCUUUGAACGAUGAAGGAAAAUGGGAUAAGACACAGCCAGAUAUCAGAUUGAGAAUGAUGAAAUUGCUCCUUAAGACAGCAGAUAUUUCCAACGUGUCAAGACCAUUCGAACUUGCUGAUAGAUGGUGCGAUGUUUUGUGCGAAGAAUUCUUCAGACAAGGUGAUUUGGAAAUGGCUUCUGGCAUGCAAUACACUUCUGAUUUGAAUGAUAGAGAGCACUUGGAUAAACCAAAGUCACAGAUCGGUUUCUACACAUUCGUUUGCUUGCCUCUUUACCAGGCAACUGCACAGGCUUUCCCUCCUCUCGAAGUAAAUGUUCAACAAGUACAAUCGAACUUGGCUGUUUGGAAAGCAGCCUUCGAAAAGAAACAAGCAGAAGCAGCUGCAGCAAAUCCUCCUCCAGCUAAUAAUCCACCAUCUGCUAAUAAUGCUCAACCAGCAAAUAAUGCAGAGAAGAAGUAA